AAAAGUCCCUACUGUAAUAAUGAUAGUAAUUAAAAAAAAUGACAUUUGGAGUCCAACAUUGAUUUUAUCCAUCGUGUGUCUGUAGAGUAUCUGCUCGCUUCAGUCCCCAACCCGCGCCUGCCGCUUUGCAUUCCCUUCUUCUUCUUCCCCUAAAAACCUCUCUCCUUUUCACAUUGUUCUCCUCUUAAGCUCCCACAUUUUGGUUUCAGUUCAAUCACACUCUUAAUCAUAAUUUAAAUGAAGCAAACUUCAUCUGCCGCGCUCUGUGCGUUGAUUAUGUCAGUGUGUUAGUCACUUUCAUUGUGUGGGUCUUUCUUGGUGUGCAAACUGGACCACAGACCUUUCAGCAUUUGGCACAUACAGUGUUUCCGCGAAUAUGUUUGCAGUUGUGUAACGUGCUUCGUUGUGACAAUUGCAACUUUCGCAAACUUUUAAAAGCCCACCAUAUCAGUUGAAGGGAUAAGUGCAGGUUCUGUUUGAAGAUUGGGGUGAACUUCUUUUCUCGUAGCUGAUGACGGAGUUGAAGUUCUUUUCCAUAUGGCUUCAAGCUAUUCUGCUUCUUUCUGAACUCGUCUUCAACGCUUUUGGCGCAUAUGUCGGGAUAAACAUCGGCACCGACCUCUCCAACGCCCCCUCGGCCGCCGAAAUAGUGGCCACCCUACGCGCCCGCGAGAUAACCCACGUGCGCCUCUUCGACUCCGACCCCCACCUUCUUGCCGCCCUCUCCGGCACUGGCAUCGAGGUCAUGGUCAGUGUCACCAACGAUGAGCUCCUCGGCAUCGGUGAGCGCCCCCCCACCGCCGCCGCUUGGGUAAAAAACAACGUCGCCGCCUACCUCCCUUCCACCAACAUCACCGCCAUUUCUGUCGGUAGCGAAGUCCUCACUUCCCUCCCAAAUGCGGGUCCCGUCCUCAUCCUCGCGAUGGCAAAUCUCAACCGAGCCCUCGUUGCCUCAAACCUCAACUCUAACGUCAGAGUCUCCACCCCACAGUCGAUCGAUGUAAUCCCUCGACCCUUCCCCCCUUCGACUGCAGAGUUCAACUCCACCUUCAACUCCACUCUUUUCCAAAUUCUACGCUUUCUCAAGAACACAAACUCGUUCUUCAUGCUCAACGCGUACCCUUACUAUGAGUACGUAAAAGGCGGCGGCAUUUUCCCGCUCGAAUAUGCGCUUUUCGAGCCACUCCCCUCGGUCAAACAGAUCGUCGACCCGAACACGCUUUUCCACUACGAUAGCAUGUUUGACGCCUUGGUGGACGCGGCUUAUAAUGCCAUCUCAUCAAUGAACUUCUCGGGUAUUCCGAUUGUUGUGACCGAGACGGGAUGGCCGUCGCUCGGCGGGCCCAACGAGCCCGACGCCACCCGUGAAAAUGCUGAGACUUAUAAUAAAAACUUGGUGGGAAGGGUCGUGGGGAAUGAUACGGGCCCGCCAAGCCAGACCGGAUUUCCGAUCAAUACGUACAUUUACGAGAUGUAUAAUGAGGACAAGAGGCCCGGGCCCGUUUCAGAGAGGAAUUGGGGGAUUUUGUUCUCGAAUGGUAGCGAUGUGUAUGACUUGAGCUUGAGUGGUUCGGUUAGUCUUGCCACGAAUGCUUCGGGGGUUUUUUGUGUGGCGAGAGGGGAUGCGGACGAGGUUGCUCUGCGGAAUGGGCUUAACUGGGCUUGUGGGCAGGCGCGGGCGAAUUGUAGGGCGAUCCAGUCAGGGCAGCCUUGCUAUGAGCCCAAUACUUUGGUGAAUCACACGUCGUAUGCUUAUAAUGAUUACUAUCAGAGGAUGCGUGGCUCGGGCGGGACUUGCGACUUUGGUGGGACGGCAAUGUUGACUAAUGAUGAUCCUAGUUAUGGAUCUUGUAGAUUUGCAGGAAGUCAUUUUGCACUCGAAUUCGACGGGGGGACUGUCCCCAGCGCUGGGACCUGUUGGCCCUUCUUCUCGGAGCUCAAAGAAAUUAGUCCUUCAUAUCAGUACAGUAGUUGUGCAGUAUCUACUAUUCUGUGUUUGCUUGAUGUGAAUUUAAGGAACAUUUUGGUAGCAUGAUCACUAGAAACUGGGAUCGNCGUUUGUUUU